AUGUCGGCUACCAGAGCUCAAUCUGAAAAGGACAAGGGCAAUGCUGCCUUUAAGGCAGGUGAUUACCCCACUGCUAUAGGACACUACUCCGCUGCCGUUGUGGCGGACCCUCAAAGCCCAACGUACCCGCUCAACCGCGCGGCCGCGUACCUCAAACUAGGCAAAAAUGAGGAUGCAGAAAGAGACUGCACGACUGUCCUGCGCCUCGACGCGAAGAACGUCAAGGCGAUGUUCCGCCGCGGACAAGCACGGGUGGCGCUGGAGCGGUUGAAAGAAGCGCGAGAUGGACCAGCAAACGGGUAUCCGCUCACGACCGACGCGCCCGAGAAGGCGAAGGCCCCGAUCACGCUGUUCGCGUUCACGAAGCAAUGGGAGAAAACGCGCUCUUCGGAGGAGCGCUGGCGUCUGCUCAAUGCGGUGCCGCCGGCGGCGCUGCCGGCGCUGUUCCAGGCGUCCCUCGACGCGGCCCUGCUCGCGGGGGUGCUGUCCACGCUGCGCGACGCCCUGCGUGCAGCGCCCGAGGAAGAGAUGCAGGCGCGAGUGCGGGCGUACAUGCAGGCGCUCCCGCGCGUGCCGCGCUUCGGGACGGUGGUUCUAUUCAUGAGCGACGCGGAGCGCGGCGUGGCAAGGGAUGUGUGGGAGUUGCUGGGCGGGGGCGACGAGCGCGCGUGGGGGCGAGGCUGA